CCAAGUUCUUGAUGAACCUCAACCCAAACAACCUAUUUUUACUCUUCCAACCAAUUAUGAUCCAGUAACACAAAAUGGUAGUAGAUGCUCAUGCCAUUUUUAAAACUUUCAGACCAAGAAAGACAUUCAAGUAAGACCAAAAUCACAGUCAUCGCCCUUGUUGCAGCUAUUUCUGUUGGGGCAGCAUUAUUAGCUGCCAUAGUCCUUGUUUUGCAUAGAAGAAAAGCUAAAAGAAAAGAGAACUCCACAAAUAAUGAUUUCAACAGAGGAGACAAACCACCUGAGCUUCAUUUUUUUGAGUUGGAUAGCGUACUAAUAGCCACAAACAAGUUUAGCCUUACAAACAAACUUGGUCAAGGAGGAUUUGGUUCUGUUUAUAAGGGACAACUACAAGGGAAAGAAGUAGCAGUGAAAAGAUUGUCUAGCAGCUCAUCACAAGGCGAAGAAGAAUUUAGGAAUGAGAUGAUAUUGAUCUCCAAACGUCAACACAGAAAUCUUGUUAGGCUCAUUGGUUGCUGCAUUGAAAAGCAAGAGAAGUUAUUAAUAUACGAGUUCAUGCUCAACAAGAGCUUGGAUACUUUUCUAUUUGAUGAAAGAAAAAGGUCAGAUCUUAAUUGGGCCACAAGGUUCAACAUUAUUGAUGGCAUUGCAAGAGGUCUUGUAUAUCUCCAUCGCGAUUCCAGCCUAAAGGUAAUACAUCGAGAUUUGAAGGCCAGUAAUAUUCUACUUGAUGAGCACAUGAACCCAAAAAUAUCUUAUUUUGGAUUGGCAAGGGUUUUUGAAGGCACAUUUGAUCAAGUAAAUACUCAUAGGGAGGUAGGAACAAUUGGAUACAUGUCUCCAGAGUAUGCAUUGAGUGGAAUCUUUUCAGAAAAAUCUGAUGUGUUUAGCUAUGGUGUGUUGAUACUAGAGAUAGUAAGUGGAAAAAAGAAUACUAGCUUCAAAGAUGGAGACCAACACCAAGCCCUUAUUGCACAUGCAUGGCAACUAUGGAGUGAAAAUAGAGGGAUAGAGUUGGUAGAUGAAGCAUUGGGUGAGUCAUAUAAUGAAUCAGAAGCAAUGAGAUGCAUACAUAUUGGGCUUCUAUGCGUUCAAGACUCUGCAUUUGAUAGACCUUCCAUGGCACAAGUUGCUUACAUGUUAAGCAACCAAGCACUUGAUCAAUCCCAACCCAAACAACCUAUUUUUACUUUUCCAACCAGUUAUGAUCCAGCAACACAAAAUGGUAGUAGAUUCUCUAUCAAUGAGGCCACUAUGUCAUUGAUUAAACCGCGAUAAAGAAUUGUUCAAUAGUAUAUUUUAGAGGAAAUUAAUAUGUGCUAAUAUGGCUAUUUUAUACUUUUCUUUUCUUCAUAGUAAAUUUGGAGUUUAGAGUGUUGUAUUAAUUUAUGAGUAUUGUUGUCACUUCAUCCAAUUUGGGACCACAACAUUGGCAUAGAAGCUCAUUGCUUUUUCAUUGCAUGUACAGCAAAAGAACUUAUAAUCUAUCAGAGAAAAAGUAUAUUCUUUGGCGUUUUUUGUUUCUUAGUCUUGAGACUUCUGUACUGUACUGUACUGUAAAGCAUGGUAGCUUAUAGAUCAUUUGGUCCACCAGCAAACUUGUUCAACUCCUCACCUUUUACUUCAAGAAUUCUCAGUAUAUCAGCAUACUUGGAUGGAAUAAAGUAGAUUCCUCCUUGAUGAACCAGCUGCAAGAGCUGUUUGUAACAACAUCUAGAUUUGGCGUCCGUCAAUGAUGUUUAUCUGAAAUGUUUGUGAUAAGGUUGUUUUGCAUUGACCAAAGCUAUGAUGCUAGCACAGGACUAAACAUUUCUGGUGUUCUUGUAACUCUUGUUAAAGAAUGUUUAAAUAUUUGUAUUCAAGACAGAAGCCGAAUCCAGAGGGAAAUUUUUUUAGCAAAUGCAAUUUACUGGCUGGCAUGUAAAGAGAAGCUAAUCUCUUAUGGUACAUAACUUGGGUUUAACUGCUUUUUCACUUUUUCUAAUCCAAAAAUGAAGCAUUUCAUGAGUUCCAGUAGGCAGUUAUUCCUAUGAUAUGAACUUAAAUAGGCUGAUGAGCUCAUUUCUCCAGAAUUCAAGUAUGGUAUUUCUAUGCUUGAAACCAACAAAACUGCUAACAUUAACUUCAGAUUGAUGAUGGUUCAGACCUUGUGAGGAGUCAUAAACAAUUGCUCAAGCCAUAGUAUGAAAGCUCAUCUUUAAUCACAUGUAGUUGUUUCAGCUUUUUUAAUGUUCUACACAAAAUAUAGAUUUAUUAGUAGAUGCACAAGUCACUAUCAUCAUUAUAGGAACUGGUGAUUUUACAUGAAAUUUGAGUUGAGAAGGAUGUUGCUUGCUGGCAAAAUGGAAAUGUAGAUUCUCAUUGUGAAAGUUUUCUGAGUCAUGGUCUUACUUAUAAUCCCUAUUAAGGUAGUAAUGCAAAAUGAUAUGGUUAGUUUCAAUACACCCACAUAGAUUACAAACUACAAUAGCAGCUCAUUAAUGACCUAUAAAACCCAAAU